AUGAACCCACCGCGCAUGGCGCACCCUUCUCGCAUACUUCUUUCCCCGCGCACCCUCAUUCCGCCUUAUCGCAGCCUCUCCGAUUCGUUCACAGCCGCCACCACAUUCGCCUCGUCCCCGCAUUCCCCGGAAGGGACGGUGCCACCUGGCAGUACCACGUCAGCAGCCGCCGGCGACGGUCGGCACGAAGCCACGUCAACGGCGCGCGAGUCGACGGCAGGCGGCGGGGUGUCGGACGGCAAAGCAGGGGGCAGCAGAGCGAGAUGGGCGCAGGCCCGUGCGCCAGAGUGGGAGGAGCGCGUGUAUGCGCGCGGCGUGCGCGGAUACAACAACGUGCUGCAGCACCUGGCGGACACUAACAGGGCGCACCUGCUGCGCGACGUGUGGAACGACAUGCAGAGUGACGGCGUGGCGGCCGACCGCACCUCCUUCCACCUCGCCACUGCCGCCGCCAUGAAGGCCGGCCGCCUGCACGACGUGCUCUUCUUCUUCAAUCACAUGAAGACACGUGGCAUGGCGCUUGACGUAAGCACCGUGUGCUGCCUGCUUUCCCCCGCCCCUUUUCCCCCCGUCUCUGCUCAGCCGCCUGUGCCAUCUGCCUGCACGUCGACCUCGCCUUCAAGGUGCCUCCCGCCCCCCCCUGCACCUACCACCCCCCCCUGCUCCUACCGCCCCCCCCUGCACCUACCGCCCACCCCUGCACCUACCGCCCCCCCCUGCACCUACCGGCCCCCCCUGCACCUACCGCCCCCCCCUGCACCUACCACCCCCCCCUCGCACCUACCGCCCCCCCCUGCACCUACCGCCCCCCCCUGCACCUACCGCCCCCCCCUGCACCUACCGCCCCCCCCCUGCACCUACCGCCCCCCCUGCACCUACCGCCCCCCCCUGCACCUACCGCCCCCCCCUGCACCUACCGCCCCCCCCUGCACCUACCGCCCCCCCCUGCACCUACCGCCCCCCCCUGCACCUACCGCCCCCCCUGCACCUACCGCCCCCCUGCACCUACCCCCCUGCACCUACCGGCCCCCCCUGCACCUACCGCCCCCCCCCUGCACCUACCGCCCCCCCCUGCACCUACCGCCCCCCCUGCACUACCGCCCCCCCCUGCACCUACCGCCCCCCCUGCACCUACCGCCCCCCCCUGCACCUACCGGCCCACUCCUGCUCCUACCGGCCUCCCCCUGCGCUGCUGCCUGCAUCGCCAAUGCCAUGUUGAUUGCACCACAUGGGCACCUGCACCGCAUGGGCACCUGCACCGCAUGGGCACCUGCACCGCAUGGGCACCUGCACCGCAUGGGCACCUGCCACCGCAUGGGCAACCUGCAACCGCAUGGGCACCUGCACCACCGCAUGGGCACCUGCACCGCAUGGGCACCCUGCACCGCAUGGGCACCUGCACCGCAUGGGCACCUGCACCGCAUGGGCACCUGCACCGCAUGGGCACCUGCACCGCAUGGGCACCUGCACCGCAUGGGCACCUGCCACCGCAUGGGCACCUGCACCGCAUGGGCACCUGCACCGCAUGGGCACCUGCACCGCAUGGGCACCUGCACCGCAUGGGCACCUGCACCGCAUGGGCACCUGCACCGCAUGGGCACCUGCACCGCAUGGGCACCUGCACCGCAUGGGCACCUGCACCGCAUGGGCACCUGCACCGCAUGGGCACCUGCAACCGCAUGGGCACCUGCACCGCAUAGGCACCUGCACCGCAUGGGCACCUGCACCGCAUGGGCACCUGCACCGCAUGGGCACCUGCACCGCAUGGGCACCUGCACCGCAUGGGCACCUGCACCGCAUGGGCACCUGCACCGCAUGGGCACCUGCACCGCAUGGGCACCUGCACCGCAUGGCACCUGCACCGCAUGGGCACCUGCACCGCAUGGGCACCUGCACCGCAUGGGCACCUGCACCGCAUGGGCACCUGCACCGCAUGGGCACCUGCACCGCAUGGGCACCUGCACCGCAUGGGCACCUGCACCGCAUGGGCACCUGCACCGCAUGGGCACCUGCACCGCAUGGGCACCUGCACCGCAUGGGCACCUGCACCGCAUGGGCACCUGCACCGCAUGGGCACCUGCACCGCAUGGGCACCUGCACCGCAUGGGCACCUGCACCGCAUGGGCACCUGCACCGCAUGGGCACCUGCACCGCAUGGGCACCUGCACCGCAUGGGCACCUGCACCGCAUGGGCACCUGCACCGCAUGGGCACCUGCACCGCAUGGGCACCUGCACCGCAUGGGCACCUGCUCUGCUUCACUUCCACCGUGGCGGAGGGCAUGAGGAGGGCGGGCAUGGAGUUCCAUCAGCGCACAUACAUCGCACUGCUCAACGCCGCCGCCAACACCGGCCGCAUCGCCCUCGCGGAAGCGGUGGUGCGGGAGAUGGAGGCGGGGGGCAGGCAGCGCACGCGCCUCACACUGGCGGCGCUCAUCACGGCACAUGCCAACCACCUCCCGCUGCUGCCCCGCUGCAAAGCCAAGGUCCCUUCUGCUCCUGCUUGCACUGCCACGGCAGCAGAGCAGCUGACCCAUGUUACUGCCGCCCCGCGCAUCUCCCCUCUCAUCCUUCCCCAUGCUCUCCCCUCUCAUCCUUCCCCAUGCUCUCCCCUCUCAUCCUUCCCCAUGCUCUUUCCUCUUCCAUCCUUCUUCCCCUCGCCUGCCCCACGCCAUUCCCCUCCCCAUCCCCCUCCCCAUCCCCCUCCCCAUCCCCCUCCCCAUCCCCUCCCCAUCCCCCUCCCCAUCCCCUCCCCAUCCCCCUCCCCAUCCCCCUCCCCAUCCCCCUCCCCAUCCCCUCCCCAUCCCCCAUCCCUCAUCCCCCUCCUCCAUCCCCCUCCCCCAUCCGCCUUCCCCCUCCCCCCUCCCCAUUUCCCCCACAAGGUGCUAGCUCUGCUGGAUGAGGCGCGCGCCCUGCCCUCUGAGGAGGCCCCAGGGCAGGGGGGAGGGGUGGGGGAAGGGGAGGGGGGAGAGGAGGAGGGGGAGUUGGGAGGAGGAGGGGGAGAGGAAGGGGCGGAUGAGGGGGAUCAGGCGGCAUUAGCAGGGGGAGGAGCGGCAAGAGCAGAAGCAGCUGCCAUGCAGGGUGGCGGCACGGUGCAGGGCGGCACGUUGCGGCAUUACAUGGCAGCGCUGACGGCUAUGGAGACGCUCAGAGACCCGCAGGUGAGGCAGGGGGGGAGACAGAGAAGGGGGGAGGCAGAUGGGGGGAGGCAGAGGAGCGGGGAGGCAGAGGGGGGGGUAAGGCAGGAGGGGGGGGGGAAGGCAGGAAGGGGGGUGGAAGGCAGGAAGGGGGGGGGGAAGGCAGGAAGGGGGGGGGAAGGCAGGAAGGGGGGGGGAAGGCAGGUGGGGAAUGGGAGGCGAGGGAAGGCGGGCGCAGGUGAGGGUGGUGAGCGGGACCAGUGCGCUCGGGUGUAUGCGAGUGCGGGGCAGGUGCAGGCAGCGAGGGCGGUGUGGGAAGCCUUUGUGGCCUCGGGGGGCUACCCGGGAAGGAGCCUCUUCCUGGUGGCUUCAGAGAUUUUCCCGUUGCUGUGUCUCAUGCCGCCUCUCUCGCAGCCACACUCAACCCUCAACUCUUUCUUGCUUUUCCCUUGUCCCUUUCCCCCCAUCUUUCCCCUUGCCGUCCAUCUUUCCCCUUGCCGCCCGUCUUUUCCCUUGCCGCCCAUCUUUCCCCUUGCCGCCCAUCUUUCCCCUUGCCGCCCGUCUUUCCCCUUGCCGCCCAUCUUUCCCCUUGCCGCCCAUCUUUCCCCUUGCCGCCCGUCUUUCCCCUUGCCGCCCAUCUUUCCCCUUGCCGCCCGUCUUUCCCCUUGCCGCCCAUCUUUCCCCUUGCCCCCCAUCUUUCCCCUUGCCCCCCAUAUCCUGUGCCUCGCUGGGCCAAUGGGCGGGCAGCACGUGGCGGAGGCAGCAAUGGCGCAGGCCACGCGAGACAGCACCGCCAUGGCACGCCAAUACAUGGAGGAGUUCUUCAAAGCGGGCUACUUCCUCAAUCCCACCACGGGCGCUCGCCUGCUCAAGCUCGCCUCCAUCUUCGCCCGCAAGGUGCUGCUCUACUCCCUGCUUGCUUUUUGGGAGUGGCGACCCAUCAUGUGCGUCGCUCAUAUUCGACCGCACUACACGGCCGCCAUGAGGGACGUGGACCAGGACGCCCUCUGUGUACUUCUCCCCCACCCAUUGCCCGCAGAGUGGCGACCCAUCAGUGGCGACCCAUCAUGUGCAUCUCUCAUAUUCGAGCGCUACGUGGCGGCCAUGAGGGACGUGGAUCCGGACACCCUCUGUGUCUUUGCCUCUGCGCUGCUCGACCUGGGCGUGCCGCCCUCCGAUGCACGUGUGCACCGCGCUCACAGCCUCGCGGCACAGCGGCGUUCUGUGCGCCUGCAAGCCAAGGCACGUGCCGGCGUUUGGCACGGCGCUUUUCCACCGCCCGUGUAG